AUGGAGUAUGAGGAGGGCAAUGUUCGAGUUCUUGGCCAGAGCGAGCGGCAGAAGACCGGUGCCGCCGGAGCUGGGCAGGCUGCUCAUAACAGUCGGUGCAAGAUGGACACCCCUGAGGCCCAGCGCACCAUCCUCGCGGCGCUGCACCGCAAGUUCAUCGACGCGAGCCACAUCCUGCACCACCAGGGCGUGCUGGACGCCUACGGCCACCUCUCGGCGAGGCACCCUUUCAACGCCGAGACUUUCAUCAUGUCACGCAAUAUGCCGCCGGGGACCAUGUCGAGCGCGGAUGACUUGAUUGAGUACUACGUACGUGACGCGGAGCCCGUGGACCCAGGCGCUGCGGGCAAGGGCUUCGCCGAACGGCACAUCCACUCCGAGGUGUACCGCCGCCACGGGGACGUUGGCGCCGUGGUACACAGCCAUGCCGAGAGCGUGAUCCCGUACACCAUCACAGGGGUGCCCCUCCGGCCGUGUUACCAUAUGGCUGGGUUCUUGGGGCUGGGGACCAAGGGGUGGCCCGAGGUGUACGAUGUGGCUGAGCACCUGGUCGAGGGAGAUGUUCCGGACCUGCUGGUCCGCAGCUCACACCUGGGGGAGCCUCUCGCGGCAUGCUUUGACGGUGGUGCCAAGGUGGCGCUCAUGAGGGGCCACGGGAUGACUAUUGUUGCACCUGGGAUCGAGGAGGUUGUGUCGCGGUGUGUGUACACGAUGAAGAAUGCGAGUAUCCAGACCGCUGCCAUGGCGAUGCAGUCGGCAUUCAAGGCCCAGGGCGGGCCCGGAGGCUUGAAAUUCCUCGACAACAGGGAAUCCGAAGCUGCGACGCAGAUGUCUCGGUGGUCUGCCCAGAGACCUUGGAAGCUGUGGGUCAGAGAGGUGGAGGCAAGCGGGCUUUAUUUGAACUCUGCUUGA